UCGCAGCAGUUCGUCUGGUGGCGGCUAGGCAGUGCAGCUCCGUGACAGAUCCGGCGUCGCACGCGUCUCCCACCCCGCGCCGCCACGAUGCCCAAGAGGAAGGUUAAUGCAGAUGGAGCUGCGAAAGCGGAGCCCAAGCGCCGCUCCGCGAGGCUGUCGGCCAAGCCUGCCCCUGCCAAGGUGGACGCGAAGCCAAAAAAGGCCGCGGGAAAGGAUAAAGCAGCAGACAAAAAAGUGCAGAUAAAAGGGAAGAGGGGAGCGAAGGGCAAACAGGCUGAAGUGGCUGACCAGCAAGCUACAGAUCUGCCUGCAGAAAAUGGAGAGACGGAAAACCAGAGCCAAGCCUCUGAAGAAGAGAAAGAAGCCAAGUCCGACUAAGCAUCCAUCAUGUCUGUCAGUGGUCCCUGCCUCCCUUCUUGUACAAUCCAGAGGAAUAUUUUUAUCAACUAUUUUGUAAAUGCGAGUUUUUUAGUAGCUCUAGAAACAUUUUUAAAAGGUGAGGGGAUCCCACCUCAUCCCAUUUUUUAAGUGUAAAUGGUUUUUUUAAGAGGUUAAAUCAUUUGCUGGUUGUUUAUUUUUUGGUACAACCAGAAAAUAGCAGGAUACUGAAUCAGGAGAGGCUGUGACUGUCUCGGGGGGUCACCAUAACAUUCCGUAGAGGGGGCUAGUUUUAUAUUCUUCAAUACAAAGCAUACUAAAUGGCAAUUUGGAGUCUCAGUCGUGCAUUUGUGUCUGGAAUAUUUUCAGUUAUAUCUGGUCCCGUGUUUCUAGUAGAACCGUUUUGUAAGAAAGCCAGUCUUUGGUCCUUGCCCUGUCAGAACUGUGAUGUCUGUGAUCACGGCAGUCCAUUUUCCUAACAGUUGUGAUAAUACGCUGUGAAAGAUGAAAAUUUUGAGUGUGUUCUGUGUGUGGCAUAAAAUUGUGAAUUGGUGGAACUGAG